AUGCUUCACGCACUUUUCGUCUAUAUUCCAUGUACUACGAUGUGCCGCAUUAAAGAAUGUUAUUGUUCGCCACAUGCUUAUCGUCGAAAUGCAUCCGGGGCAUGUGUGCACAUUAAUGAAUGCCCUAAAAUAGAAAAAAUGAGCGUUAGAUGUGAGAAGGAAAAUGAAAUAUAUAGUUCCUGUAAAGGAUGCGAAGGGAAAUGCGAAACUGGACUUAAACCUUGUCCACGUAAAUGCUUUGGAAAAGGUUGUUAUUGCCCAAUGAUAAAGAAUUAUGUUCGUGACGAAGAAGGAAAUUGCAUCAAAGUCGAAGACUGCAACAAAUGA